ACAGUACUCAGUAAUGCAAGGGACAAAGAGCACCACCAUUCCCCGACGAGGUCUCCCAUGCCACUAGGCUUACCCUAUUGGGUUAGUCCGUCUCGCACGACAUCAUCUCGAGGGCUCGCAUACCAUCAUCUUCAACCUAUAUUUCGCUAUUUAAGAACUUCAACUUGAGUACAUGAGGACUUUCAGGAUGCCUAUCGCAGCAGUCGGCCAAAUAUGCUCCACCUCCUCCAUGACCCACAACCUCACCCAAUGCCGCUCGCUCAUCCAAAAAGCCUCCGCUGCCGGCGCAAAGGCCCUCUUCCUCCCCGAAGCCUCCGACUACAUAGCCUCCAACGCCGCCGCAACCGUCUCUCUCUGCAAGCCAGCCCAAGACUCAGAAUUCGUCCUCGGCCUGCAAAAGGAAGCAGCAAAGUACCAGCUCCCGCUCAACGUCGGAGUGCACGAGCCAGCCGAAGGCGGGAAGAAAGUCAAGAACACGCUGCUGUGGAUCGACGAGCAAGGAAACAUCACCCAACGCUACCAAAAGCUGCACCUCUUCGACGUCGAAAUCCGCGACGGGCCCAUCCUCAAGGAAAGCAACUCUGUUGAAAAAGGCCCGCGCAUCGAAGAUCCUUUUGAUACGCCGCUGGGCAGCAUUGGCCUCCUGAUCUGCUUCGACCUGCGCUUCCCCGAGCCCAGCCUUGCCCUCCGCCACCGCGGCGCCCAGAUCCUGACCUAUCCUUCCGCCUUCACAGUGCCCACGGGAAAAGCUCAUUGGGAGACAUUACUCCGGGCGCGGGCUAUCGAGACGCAGAGCUAUGUGAUAGCGGCCGCGCAAGUUGGGUUUCAUAAUGAAGAGAAGACGAGAAGGAGCUACGGGCAUAGUGUGAUAGUAGACCCGUGGGGGAAGGUGGUUGCGGAGUUGAGCGGGGAGGAGGAUGAGAAGGGGAGGGGAUUGGACGUAGGCGAAAUCGCGGUUGCCGAGGUGGACAUGGAGUAUCUCGAGAAGGUUAGGAGAGAGGUGCCGCUUCUAAGGCGAACGGAUGUAUAUCCGGAGAUCGAUUGA